AUGCAAGCUCGGCCGUCAUGUCUCAAGUGUCAGUCGACAGGGCGGAUCUGCGACGGCUAUGGUGUGGAAUCGCACCUUGUCAGUGUUGAUGCGAAGACAAGCCAAUAUCAUCACUCAGGGCCUGCUACAACAGCAACCCGCGUCUUGGCAAACCCAUGCGCUACUUCCAGCGUCCGACAAGCGCCACAACCACAUUGCCAAAGUCAUCACAGCCUGGUCUUGGAAAAUCCGAGAGCGUUGAUGUUGCUGCCAGUUGAUUCAGCCCAGGCAGAAGCUAUGUCAUUUUUUGAAGUCAUCUCCGUCAAGCAUCUGAACGAAUACUACCCGAGCAAGUCAUGGCGCGAGACACUCAUGUUCUUCUCCCAAACAAUCCCAUCAGUAAGACAUGCUGCUGUUGCACUGUCCCUGAUUCACCGAAACUACCAUGACGGUUGUUCUAGACAGUUAGAGUACAAGGCCUUGUUCCAUUAUAACAAAGCCAUACAGCUUUUUCUGGCACAGAAAAGUGGCGAUAAUGUCGAAGCAAUGACAAUCACACUAUUAGUAUGUUACCUAUUCACAAGCUUCGACAACCUGGCGGGCAAUUAUCAUCAGGCGAUGGUACAUCUGCAAGGAGGAGUAGAACUCUCACGCAAUAUUCCUAGUCCCAUGCUAGACGGCAACUGCGUGUCUAGUGCAAACCUGUUCUUCAUGGAAGUUGUGAAACAGCUGAGGCGUCUCGAUAUGCAAGCCGGUGCAUAUCUAGUCGGUUGGAGUCCGGUAGACACGCAGGAAACUGGAGAGGAAGCUCUUUUUUUGAGCAAUACGUUUGAGUCAGUGGAUCAUGCCGCCAAUUGCCACCAGAUGUUACUUGCGCGGGCCAUGAGAUUACACUGGAUGGCGCAAGAAGCAUCCUUCAUAGACGGCGUACCAUCCGUCGAUUCGAAACAGCUUGUUAUUGAAGAGCUAGAGACAUGGCGGCAUCGAUUUGACGAUAUGCUCAGCACAAUCAAUUACUAUAUUGUCGAUAUUGAGGAAAACCGUCUUAUAACGUUAUUGAAACUCCAAAAUACCGUUCUUUGGAUACUUGUCAGUAGUCUCGGCCCGGGUAGAGAGAUGGAAUACGACAAAUUUCUGCCCGUAUUUCAGCGAUGCAUCGCAAUAGUAGAUGAAGUCGCAUUGGGGCACCAAAACUACGAAGGAUCGUCAAAACCGAGAUUCACGCAAGACGUAGCUAUUAUACCAAUUCUGUAUAUCAUCGGAGCCAAAUGUCGGGACACAAUGGUGCGAAGAGAUGUGUUGAGAAUCCUGCGACGACAGCCGCUCCGGGAGGCAGUCUGGGACAGUAUGGCCACAGCGAGAGCUGUGGAGAGAAUAGCUGAAGUUGAAGAAAGUAAAUUUGGAGGGGGACUUAGAGGGACUAUGGAGGAAAUCGAAGUGUCACAGAGGGUCGAGUGUGUGUCUUGGGAGCAAGUGAUCAACAGCCACUCCAGGACAAGAAUCGAAUUGGAGUAUACGCUUUGCAAACAAGAGACAAAAUAUAAAGAGUCUCUGGUUAUUUAA